AUGCCACCCGUUAAAGGCGGACUGAAGCCACGAAAGCAAGGAACUGUACACGGUGCGCGACCCAAGCAAGCACCUUACAGCCCACGAGACUCCGAGCAAGUCGCGAUCACGAUUCUGGCCAUUUUGAGCAACAUCCUUUUCGCGAGCUGCUUUCAUUUUGUCGGAAACACGACGCUUAAAAAGCGCAAAUAUAAAUGGCGAGACCUGAUCAACCCAAAACUUGGCCGCAAGAAGGUCUCUCAAUGCGAUAAAGUCGAGUGGAAACCAUCAUCAACCAUCUUCCUCCAAGAACACUCCAGAGACCCCAGCCUUGUGCGAAUUCUCACCCAUACGAAGGACAUGCUGAAUAUGGUUGAAGACGGAGACUUGGUCAAGAUCUACGUCUGUUUGUUCGACAAGAAGACCGAGACGCCCAAUCCAGCCAACCUUGUAGAAUUGUUUACUCUCCAGGUGCGGUAUGAACCAGACAUGUCCACAACAGUCACUGUCUCCUGGGCUGGCUUGACGCAGUUGUUACCAAAGUCCUCGGUAAAGACCAAAAACAAGGGCGGGCUCAGUAUCGAAGAAUUUUUGCAGCAUCUCCAGCCUAUCAAGAAAAAGGUAUACACUUUGAUAAAGCACCAAUUCAAGGAGUCCAAGCGAGCCAAAUGGGGAUCUCGCAGCAAGAAAAGCAACUUUGACUUGCUGGUCGCAAAAGAGCUGCUUUUGGAAAGGCCAGAGUGCAAUACUUGGACUGAAUGUGUAGCGGUGGGAAUUCCUGCCCGCAAAUCGCCAGCAGAAGACAUCGAUGGAAGCGAAGAGGAACAAACUGUUCACGUCGAAGUUGAGAAGCCGACGUCGCCGCUAGAAACCUUUAGUCACGGCCAAAAACGGCGACUUCAUCUCUUCAGCGACGACAAGGACACACUCCGAAAUCCUCCCGCCAAGGUUCGAAUUGAUUGGACCGAGGGGAGCGAAGGCUCAUGGGGCAUAGAUGGGGCAUCGGAUAACUCUUCAGUGCGGAACAGACGACUCGAAACAUCACCAGUUGCCCGAGCAAGUCAGCGGCUGCGAUUUGAAGCCGAGAGAUGA